CGAGAAUCGCUGGUUACCAUUGCAUCUUUCGAUCGCAUCCGGAGGCCGAGUGCCCUCGCUAUUCUUUACUUUCAAGGCUGUUCUUGGCAUCAUAGUUCAAGUCGAUCAAACUGAUUUACGCCGCUGAAAAUCGCGAGAAAAUAAAGCCGGGGAUAGCGGGAAAUAUUCUCACCAAAACAUUUGACAUUCUACAAUCCGGCAGCUUGUUCAAUAUGAAUUCCUAUGAUUUGGCGGAGAGCGAAUUACAGGCUAAUUUCGAGGCUUUUGCACUCGUUGAUACAAGACGUAAUGAAUUGAUUCAGUGGCUAUACAAGGAAAAUUGCCAGUUGAAGUUAGAACUGGUCAAUUUAAAGGCCGAUCAUGAAGCCCAGUUAAGAUGCCGUAGAGAUUAUCAAGCUCAGGCUCUAGAGGAAAGAGAAGACCAUUUACGGACAAAGCAGAUAAUGGAGAAAAAUCCGUUCGCUUUACUGUUAAUCGAUGGUGAUGGUUAUAUUUUUCAUGAUGAGCUUCUAAAAGGUUGUGCGAGCGGCGGCGCUGAAGCUGCGCAUCGCCUUUUAAGUGCAGCUAAGGAUUAUGUUCAGAAGCUGAGCGAUUUUUCGGGCCAGUGGUCUAUCAUGGUCAAAAUAUAUGCAAACUUAGGCGGACUAGCACGCAAAUUGGUUCAAAUUGGCUCCAUUAAAACUGUUGAGGACAUGACAGCGUUUGCAUGUGGAUUUACCAGGCAUCAUGCUCUCUUCGACUUUGUCGAUGUCGGCAUGGGCAAGGAGCGCGCUGAUCAUAAGCUGAGAAAUCUAUUGGACUUAUUCAUUCAUAAUCACCAGUGCAAGCAUAUACUGUUUGCAUGCACUCAUGAUAACGGUUACGUCCCGGUUCUAGACCAGUACCGGGUUGACGAGAAGCUGAGAAGCCGUGUGAGCUUGCUCAAUGCAAUGCCAAUGGCGAGUGGAUUCAUCGAACUACCGUUUCGCAGCGUAGAGUUUCCAGCGGUCUUCAGAUCCGAGCCUUUGCCGCCACCAAAGCCGAUUGCUCCUCCUGUUGCUGUCCGAAAGCCUAGUGCUGAAAGUAAUAGCAUUUCUGAGCCGGUCUCGUUUGCGUCAGCUGCCGCUACUGCUCUCCCAGCAAAAACAUCUAGUCCCGUCAAUGGCGGCUUAGUGAUCCAGGUUUCAGGAAGUACUCCUAAACCGAAGAUUACUAUGGACAUGCUAGGGCUUGGAGUUAUUCUGCUAAACAGCGAAGAUCAGCGCGUAGAGCCGGAGCUUGGAAAAUAUGAUCCAGCUGUUUAUCAGCAGUCCCUUCGCACAAAUAAGCUAAAGGGUGUCUGUAACAAAUAUCAUUUACUUGGGACAUGCACGAGUUCAAAUUGUCCCUUCUCGCAUGCCAAGCUGACUGAAGAAGAAAAAAUGGUCUUAAGAUACAAUACUCGGAAGAGCCCAUGUUCGUAUGGCCUCGAAUGUCGCGACUUUUACUGCCUUUACGGCCAUAAAUGUCCGCAUCCAGUCUGCCACUACGGUCCGACAUGUUCGUUCAAAGGAAUGCAUCGAAUCGAUCAGAAGGUAGCUAAGAAGCUUGAGGACAAGAUCUAAAUUUAUCCUAUAAACUCUUCAGGAUACAUUUUGAUAAAAUAUGAUUGGUCUACGAUUGAGAAUGAAGUUGUUGCUCAAUGUCAAGCGGGAGUCACAGCUUCAGUGGGAUGAUAGUAACCCUAAUAAGCUAAAGGGGCGAGAU